AUGAGAUAUCAAGACCUAACUCUUCCUCAACACACUCAUAAACAAGUCUCUAAGAUGAAAAAGACACCGGAGGCUAGGGACUUGGCGAUGACCCAUAGACGACAAGAAGUAUCGCCCUACCUUGGCCACCCUAGGAUUGCUCGUUUUCGAGCUGAUCCCCGGCUGUUGUCGGAAUAUAUACAACUACUUUUCAAUGUCAUAAUAGCGGCCAUUGGAGUCUACGUGAUAGUCGGAUUUAUACGGCUUACAAGCCGCGAUGUAGAUCGCAAAUUACAUCAGAAUACGCUUGAAACCCUUGCACGGAUAGAACGCUGUCGAGCUAACUACGAAAGAAACAGAUGCGAACCGGCUAACAGGGCACCGCGAAUGGAGCAACAGUGUCAGGAAUGGCUACUUUGCCUAAACCAAGACACUCAAGUGGCACACGACUCUUCACAUUCAGCGACAAUAUGGGCUGCGACGCUUGCCGAGAUUAUCGACGUUUUCCUCAAGAACAUCUCAGUCAGAUCGCUGGUGUUUAUGCUUAUCAGUAUAUGUGGAAUUAUCGUGGUGACAAAUGUUGCCUUUGGCAGCUAUAGAGUACAUUAUUACGGCCAUGCAGUCGGUCGAUCUAAAACCGAUUAG